GACUGUAGCUGCCGUGAGCGAUGGCGUCAAGGCCAGUGGGACAAAUACCGGCAACCACAAGGACGACUCCAUGGCCCAAUCAAAGAGCAAAAUGAAAGGCACGAGGAAGCUAGCGGAUAUCUUUUGUAUGUCCAAGUUUAAGGUGUUUCUACUGGCGCUGUUUUUUGCGUAUAUGAGCAAGACCAUGUCUGGGGCUUAUGUGAACAGCAUGCUCACGCAGAUCGAACGGCGGUUCAACAUCCCCACCUCACUGGUUGGCGUUAUCAGUGGAAGCUUUGAGAUGGGCAACUUACUGUUGAUUGCCUUUGUGAGUUACCUAGGAGCAAAAUGUCAUAGACCACGCCUGAUUGGAGUGGGUUGUGCAGUUAUGGCCUUGGGGUGUUUUUUGAUGGGGCUGCCUCAUUUUCUGAUGGGAAGGUACCAAUAUGAGGCUGCUGCUUCUUUAUCAGAAAAUUUUUCCUCAACCAUGACUGUUUGCCUUGCCAAUCAUACCAUGCCUACUGAACAACCCUCAGAAGAAUGUGAUAAGCAAUCUGGAUCUUUGAUGUGGGUGUUUGUGUUCGUGGGAAACAUCAUUCGAGGAAUUGGUGAAACUCCCGUCACUCCUUUGGGCAUUUCGUACGUGGAAGAUUUUGCAAAACCCGAAAAUUCUCCUUUCUACAUUGGCUGCCUACAGAUAGCCACUAUCCUGGGCCCACUGUUUGGUUUAAUGUUGGGUUCAUAUUGUGCACAGCUAUAUGUGGAUGUCGGAUCUGUAGACCCAGCUGAAGUGACAUUGAGCCUCCUUGAUGCUCGCUGGGUGGGGGCCUGGUGGCUGGGAAUCCUGCUGUGCACUGGGGUGAACCUUCUGGUCACCGUCCCCUUCUUCUUCUUGCCCAGGACCCUUCCAAAGGAAGGAGAAGAAGAUAACAUUGAAUUAAGAGACAGGACUCUUCUGCAAACGGAAAGCGUUAGUCAGACCAACCAGACAAUAAGAGAAAUUGCAAAAGAUUUCAUCCCAUACCUGAAAAGUCUUUUUUACAACCCGAUAUACAUGCUUUUUAUAUGCAUUACUGUGGUGCAGUUCAAUGCUUUCGUUGGAGAGGUUACUUUUAUGCCAAAAUAUCUGGAGCAGCAAUUUGGGACAUCUGCAUCAAAUGCCAUCUUUCUAAUGGCGGUUUACAAUCUACCAAUUAUAUGCACUGGAUAUCUUUUGGGAGGCUUUGUGAUGAAGAAAUUCAAGAUAAGCACCUACAAAGCUGCUCACAUAGGCUUUUGGAGUUCUGUGAUUGAGUAUCUCAUCUACUUCAUUACCUUUUUCCUGAUCUGCAAAAAUGCAUCUGUUGCUGGGUUAACUGUCUCCUAUGAAGGGAUAGACCACAUCUCCUACUCAGAAACAAGCUUGUUGGCAGACUGCAACCGUCACUGUGAGUGCUCGACCGAUGUGUGGGACCCUGUUUGUGGAGAAAAUGGAAUCACAUACAUUUCAGCAUGCCUUGCUGGAUGUGAAGGGAUAAAUGGAACUGGGAGAAACACAGUAUUUGAAAACUGUGCCUGCAUUCCAGCUCCGGGCUUGCCAUUGGGGAACAGCUCAGCAGUGCUGGGCCAAUGCAACAGAGAAGCGGCGUGUGGCCCCAUGUUACAUUACUUUUUAGUUAUCUCUUUCAUUUGCUGCUUCAUUUAUUCCGCAGGAGCCAUGCCGGGUUACAUGGUCCUAAUAAGAUCUUUAAAGCCUGAGGAGAAAUCGUUUGGGGUGGGUCUCCACGCCAUGGCAGAAAGAGUGCUCGCUGGAAUCCCGUCACCCAUUUAUUUUGGAGCUAUGAUAGAUACCACCUGCUUGAAAUGGGGAACCAAGAGCUGUGGAGGAGAAGGGGCAUGCCGAAUGUAUGACUCAGACGCAUACAGUUGCUACGGGUUUCAUAAUGCGAUCAUCAAGAGAAUAACUUUUGGAAACCUCUCAAUCAGCAGUCACCUCUGGAAUGAAGAAAAAGAGCAGGAAUCCACUUCGAAAACAAAGAAGACUGACCGCCGCUUCAGCAUCGGGACCACCUGGUUUAAAACAUCCACUCUGAACCUUGCCAAUUUCACCAUUGCUAGGCAGCACUGA